AUGCUAUCUGCGGCGGAACUCGUUAUUCCAAUGGGAGAAGCUAUUUCUCGUUCGGUUCCGACAAUCAUUGGCUUGCCUCCUCCAUUUUUCAAAUAUAGGCUAGUCCGAGCGGGUCCAGCCCAUGCAUACUCAGGCUUCAAACUUCGAUGCCGUGGUGGUCGACAAUUCCAUGAUCUUAUUUCGGGCUAUAAUCAUCCGUUGCCAGUGGGCUCAAGAGCAGCUCGGCUGGCUGCACUAUUACCCAACCCAAUUGAUCCACGGGGAAUUAUUGAGUAA